GGAGUGGAAAUACGGGAGGAAAGGCUCAGGGCUCCGUGCAGGCUUCUGGCCGCGCUGCGCGCCGCGCCUCCUCUGGAUUGCCCCGAAACACCGUGGUGCUGUUUGUGCCGCAGCAGGAGGCUUGGGUGGUGGAGCGAAUGGGCCGAUUCCACCGCAUCCUGGAGCCUGGCUUGAAUAUCCUCAUCCCUGUGUUAGACCGGAUCCGAUAUGUGCAGAGUCUCAAGGAAAUUGUCAUCAACGUGCCUGAGCAGUCUGCCGUGACUCUUGACAACGUAACUCUGCAAAUCGAUGGAGUCCUUUACCUGCGCAUCAUGGACCCUUACAAGGCAAGCUAUGGUGUGGAGGACCCUGAGUAUGCUGUCACCCAGCUAGCUCAGACAACCAUGAGAUCAGAGCUCGGCAAACUCUCUCUGGACAAAGUCUUCCGGGAGCGGGAGUCCCUGAAUGCUAACAUCGUGGAUGCUAUCAACCAGGCUGCCGACUGCUGGGGCAUCCGCUGCCUCCGUUAUGAGAUCAAGGAUAUCCAUGUGCCACCCCGGGUGAAAGAGUCCAUGCAGAUGCAGGUGGAGGCAGAGCGGCGGAAACGGGCCACAGUUCUAGAGUCUGAGGGGACUCGAGAGUCGGCCAUCAACGUGGCAGAGGGGAAGAAGCAGGCACAGAUCCUGGCCUCUGAGGCAGAAAAGGCUGAACAAAUAAAUCAGGCAGCAGGAGAGGCCAGUGCAGUUCUGGCCAAGGCAAAAGCUAAAGCUGAAGCUAUUCGCGUCCUGGCUGCAGCUCUGACACAACAUAAUGGAGAUGCAGCAGCCUCACUGACUGUGGCUGAGCAGUAUGUCAGCGCAUUCUCUAAACUGGCGAAGGACUCCAACACUAUCCUGCUGCCCUCCAACCCUGGCGACGUCACCAGUAUGGUGGCUCAGGCCAUGGGUGUGUAUGGGGCCCUCACCAAAGCCCCGGUGCCAGGAGCCCAGGACUCAGUCUCCAGCAGGAGCAGCAGAGAUGUCCAGAGCACAGAUGCAAGGCUUGAUGAGGAACUUGAUCGAGUCAAGCUGAGUUAAUGGAGCUGGGCUUGGUCAGGGAGGCUGGGGACAGGGAAGCAGCACUCCCAGAUUCUGGCUCUAGCCUCCCUGCCAAGAUUUUGGUUAUUAUUUUUUUAUUUGAACUUUAAUCACGUAAUAAACUCACCAAUGGCAAACCAAAACUGUCCUCUUUGAUUGGGGAAUGAAGUUGGGAGAGUCACUGGUGUUCUCCUUGGAUGACCACUGCCACCUCCAGUCCUGUCGGGUCUUGGGAACUGAUUCCUCCAUGAGCAAGAUUAAAUGUCAUGUAAAGUGAAA